AUGAAAGUCUUUUUUCUGGUGUACAAACGCAGUUAUGAUAUAUGCAUGCAGCUUUAUGAGAAAGAGCUUUUGAAAGAGAAUUCCUAUUUGUAUAUAUAUGGGUUGCAGGGUGUUGAUCUUAAUGCUCAGCAGCUUGCGAUUGUUGCAGGGCUUUGCGAAUGGAGAGAUGUUGUUGCCCGAGCAGAGGAUGAGAGUACUGGCUAUAUUUUACCUAACAAAACUCUUCUAGAAAUUGGUAAACAGAUGCCUGUGACUGCCAGUCAGUUGCGCCGGUUGAUGAAAUCGAAGCACCCGUAUGUGGAGCGGAAUCUUAAUUCUGUUGUUAGUAUCAUUAGGCAUUCAAUCCAAAAUGCAACUACAUUUGAAGUUGCUGCUGAACAUCUAAAGGAAAGACGCAUGGAAACAAUGCCUGUGACUGCCAGUCAGUUGCGCCGGUUGAUGAAAUCGAAGCACCCGUAUGUGGAGCGGAAUCUUAAUUCUGUUGUUAGUAUCAUUAGGCAUUCAAUCCAAAAUGCAACUACAUUUGAAGUUGCUGCUGAACAUUUAAAGGAAAGACGCAUGGAAACAGCGUAUGAAGAAAAUAGAGUGGCUUCUGAUGAACCUGAAGAAUUGCAACCUCCUGAAAAGCCUGCAACAGUGAAAAUAUCAAUACGAGAAAGUACUGGAAAUGAUAGUGCAGCAAAUGGUAGCUUGCUUGAGGACCCACCAGCUUCAGUACAAGUUAAAGAGAGUUUUUUGGAACUUGGGAGAAGUGCUGCUGGAGUUGGCAGAAUCCAACAGAAAGGUUCUGUUGAGCAUUUUGGUGAAUAUGGGGGUGAAGCAUGUGGCUAUGUUGCCCAACUUCCGAGAGAGAACUUGACCAUAUCCUGUCAGAUCACAGAGAGUCAUACUGAAAUGAAUGUGUCUCACUCAGUUACUGGUGCAACUGUUCAGGUAUUAAAGAAGCCAAGCCGUGCUUUUGGGGCACUGCUGGGAAAUACAUCUUCAAAAAGAAAAUUUGAUCCUGAUAAAAAAGCGUAUGAAGAAAAUAGAGUGGCUUCUGAUGAACCUGAAGAAUUGCAACCUCCUGAAAAGCCUGCAACAGUGAAAAUAUCAAUACGAGAAAGUACUGGAAAUGAUAGUGCAGCAAAUGGUAGCUUGCUUGAGGACCCACCAGCUUCAGUACAAGUUAAAGAGAGUUUUUUGGAACUUGGGAGAAGUGCUGCUGGAGUUGGCAGAAUCCAACAGAAAGGUUCUGUUGAGCAUUUUGGUGAAUAUGGGGGUGAAGCAUGUGGCUAUGUUGCCCAACUUCCGAGAGAGAACUUGACCAUAUCCUGUCAGAUCACAGAGAGUCAUACUGAAAUGAAUGUGUCUCACUCAGUUACUGGUGCAACUGUUCAGGUAUUAAAGAAGCCAAGCCGUGCUUUUGGGGCACUGCUGGGAAAUACAUCUUCAAAAAGAAAAUUUGAUCCUGAUAAAAAAGAAAAACAAAAGGUCAAGCUGGAACAGAUAAAAUCUACGGUAAACCUGCCAUUCCAUUCAUUUUUGGGCAGGGAUGAACCAAUGCAAACAGCUGUAAAAAAAGCUGCUAAACCGCUGGAAGUCUCCCAUGAUGGAGAACCUGUUGCCGUACCAGCUGGCAGCUCUAAUUUGGAAGAGGUUAUGCACUUGGAAGGUGAUACAAUUGUUGAGGAAUCAAUAAGCGAUGACAUACAUGCAACAAACGAUCAAUUGCAGCAUAGGGUAGAUGCUGCAGAUUCUGCUUUGGAUUUGGAUGGCGCAGAUGAGACCACUUUACUCUCUGAUUUGUCCUCCAGCUUCCAGAAGUGCUUGCAGUCACUAAAUCAAACAAGAAAGGCCAGCCAGCUUGAGAAUUCCCAGGAGUNUUUUUUUUUUUUUUCCAGUUACUAG